AUGCCACGCCGCGCGAUCACACGCAGACAGCUGCUCAAGACGGGCGCCGCCGCGACCCUCUCCGCCGCUUGCUUCCCGGCGAUCGUCACCGCGAAGAACCGCGCGGUGCGCCGGCUCCGCGUCCUCGGCACGCACGUCACGCUCCAGGAACAGAUCAGGAUCGCCGCCGAGCGCGACCUCGGCAUCGACGUGGAAUUCUCCCCCAGCGGCAGCGCCGCCGUGCUCCAGCAGGCCUCCACCCGCCCCGAGUCCUUCGACGUCUACGAGCAGUGGUCCAACAGCAUCAACGUGCUCUGGCGGUCUGGGGCGAUUCAGCCCAUCAGCGUCGGCCGCAUCACCCGCUGGGACCAGGUCAACGCCCUGUCCAAGACCGGUCGGCUCACGCCAGACGCCCGGACCGGCGCCGGCGACGCGCCCAACAAACUCCUCUACGUCCAGCCGGACGGCGCCCUCGGCCCCCGCGCCGGCUCGACCGUCAGCUUCCUCCCCUACGUCCACAACGUCGAUUCAUUCGGCUACGACACGCGCGUGAUCCCGCCCGGCAUCGCCUACGCCGAGGAGAGCUGGGGCUGGCUCUUCGACGAGCGACACGCCGGCAGGGUCGCCAUCGUCAACGAACCCACCAUCGGCCUCUUCGACCUCGCCCUCGCCGCGCAGGCCACCGGGAAGAUGUCGUUCGCCGACAUCGGCAACAUGACCGUCGACGAGAUCGACACACUCUUCGACAUCCUCAUCGAUCUGCGCCGGCGCGGGCACUUCUACGGCGUCUGGAGCUCCGUCCCCGAGUCCGUCGAGUUCAUGCGCUCCGGUCAGGCCGUCAUCGAGAGCAUGUUCUCGCCCGGCGCCGCCUCGCUCCGCAGCAUGGGCUUCCCCGUCCGCUACGCCGCCCCGCGCGAGGGCUACCGCGCCUGGCACGGCGUGAUGUGCCUCUCCGCCGCGACCAGCGGGGACACCCUCGACGCCGCGUACGACUACAUGAACUGGUGGCUCUCCGGGAAACCCGGCGCCAUCAUGAGCCGCCAGGGCUACUACAUCUCCGUCCCCGAAGCCGCCCGCGCGCACAUGACCGAAGACGAGUGGGCCUACUGGUACGAGGGCCGGCCCGCCCGAUCCGACCUCCGGGGCACCGACGGCGGCGUCGUCGCCCGCGCCGGCGAGACCCGCAACGGCGGCAGCUACGAGGACCGCUUCGCCAACAUCGCCGUCUGGAACACCGUGAUGGAAAACUACGAGCACACCCUCAUCCGCUGGGGCGAGUUCCUCACCACCCAGCCCGUCAUCGCGAAAGCGGGGCGCUGA